AUGGCUCCGUCUCUGUCGCAGGCGUACAGGAGGCGCUGGUGGAUGGCCGUCACAGCCGUGCUGGAGAAUCUGUCGUGUUCGGCCGUGCUGUUGGGCUGGGGCUCUCUGCUCAUCAUGCUCAAAGGACAGGGCUUUUACUCCCACCUGUGCACAGAAAAUAAGACUGAGGGUGUGAACGCUAGCGCACCAGAUGAUUGGCUGAGUUGUGUGGAACAGGAAGAAAUGCUGAACUUGGGCUUCACCAUUGGCUCAUUCCUGCUCAGUGCUGCCACAUUGCCACUGGGUAUAUUGAUGGACCGGUUUGGCCCCAGGCCUCUUCGCCUUACUGGAAGUGCGUGUUUUGCGCUCUCUUGUGUGAUUAUGUCCAUAUCAUCAUAUCAACCAGAAGUCCUCUCUGCGCUGAUUUUUCUGGCUCUUUCACUCAACGGCUUUGGAGGGAUCUGUCUGACCUUCACAUCUCUCACGCUGCCAAACAUGUUUGGAAGUCUGAGCUCCACUGUGCUGUCACUGAUGAUCGGCUCCUACGCUUCAUCGGCUGUCACCUUCCCUGGAGUCAAGAUUAGCAUUAGGAAAAAGAUGCAUUCAACCGAAAACCACAAACUAUGGUCUGAAGAGGCGACGGGAGAAGCCGAGAAACUGCCGGCUGUAGCUCAGGACGCACAAGCUUCGGUCCCGUUCCGGCGCUCCGUGUUCUCUCCCAUCUUUUUGUGGAGUCUGGUCACUAUGGGAAUGACUCAGCUGAGAAUCAUCUUCUUUAUGGGAGCCAUGAACAAGAUGCUGGAGUUCCUGGUCAUCCACGGAGAGGAGCACCCCUCUAAAGAACUGGUGCAUGAGGCUGAGGAGAAAGUGAGCUUCUACUCGUCCGUCUUUGGCACGCUGCAGCUCUUGUGUCUGGUCACCUGUCCUCUGAUCGGAUACAUCAUGGACUGGAAGAUGAAAGAGUGUGAGGUGGAUCAGAAGACGGUGCGCUGGGGAGAAAAAGAAGCUGUUUCAGUACCGAAGCGUGACAGAAAGAUCCAGAAGCUGACCAAUGCCAUGAGAGCCUUCAUCUUAACUAAUGUGCUGCUCAUUCUGUUUGGUGUGCUCUCACUCGUAGACAACCUGCCUCUACAGAUUCUGACGUUUAUUUUGCACACUAUGGUGCGAGGUUUCAUUCACUCGUGUUGUGGAGGACUGUAUGCUGCUGUGUACCCGUCUAAUCAUUUUGGCACACUAACCGGGCUGCAGUCUAUGAUCAGUGCAGUGGUGGCUCUGCUGCAGCAGCCUCUCUUCAUGGUUAUGUUGGGAACUCUGAACGGAGAUGCUUACUGGAUCAAUGUGGGGCUUCUGGUCCUCUCAUUGGCCGGUUUCCUGUUGCCGGGGUAUUUGUUCUACCAUCGCAGACACCUUCUUCAGACGAAGGCCGGAGGAAAAGCGAACGGACUCGCUCCUGUUGAGAAUCAAGCUCUAAACCAGCCGCUGACCAACGGUCACGUCCCGCAGGAAGCCUAACUCAAUAACAGAGCAUCACGGGACUGUCACGGGACUCUUCACAUUUCAGCACGCUCAUUUCCCUCAUUUAAACACGCAGCUUUUCCGUUUUUUGUUGUAUGAGAGACAUUAGGCUGAUGGCUGUGAAAGCAGCAUCAGAUCAGUAUUGUCUCUUUCGAUGAUCGGCUGUCUCAAAAUAUGAGUAUUCGUCUUGAAAAUCUAGAAGUCUGCCUGCGAAGCGAAUGCAAUGGUUUUUUAGAGAGAUAUUUAUUGGACUGCACGCACAUGGCUGUGAUUGAUGGACUACCUCUGUGGCUGUCUGUUCACCAAAGAGAAAGAGUGAUGAUUGUUGUAUAAUAGUGUCUGCUUUUCUGUCUUUCGGAAACUUCGGAAACAAUCAACAGGAGCUUUUCAGCUGCCACCAAAGACACUGCUAAUGGAGCUUUAUAAACCUUCGGUUCACUACGUUAAGUGUUAUCCCAAAGCUAAAACAUUUCAGGCAGAUUCAACGAGAUUUUUAUAAAGCAACAGAAAUGAAUGUUUGUGUGUCUAUUCCGAUUUUUCGGUGCAUUUUAGUUUCAUAUAGGCACUGGAAGGGAAACGUAUUUGUGUAUUUCUGUUAUCGUGGAGCUUAAAGUAGACGUGCUCUCUGUAAAUAGCAUGAUGUGUAUUCAUAUUUGCUUUAAUGUGCAGGAAUCAGAGUGGGUUAAUUGGGUUUUUUAAAGGUCAGGAGAGGAACUGAUGAUGUGCUUACAGCAGUCUCUCUUUCAGAUUAAUGUUUUGUGUGAAACUAGUGCCUUGUGUUAUUAUUGAAUGUCACAAUUCAAAUCUCACCGUGAGAGAAAUGUGGGAAACCAAAGCCGUAUGGAUGCAAUAAAGCCAUAUGAGAUCAGAAGAGAAUGUGUGAGAGGAAGAAAGCAUCCAGAGUGCAAGAAUAUUAGAUUUGAAGCACCAAAAACAAUAAAAUAUGCAAACUGUUACUCUGCAUUGUUCACUGGAGUCUUGAUUGAGUUCACUUGAAGCAUGUCUUCAUCUGGUGGUGCUUGCAAUUUAAAAAAAAAAAAAAAAAAAAACUAUGGGAGAUUCAAUACUUUAUGCAGUG